UUGCACAUUUUCUUAAAAUAUUGCAUACAUUCUAGAAAAAAAGGACAGAAAAGGUUGAAACAAAGAACAGGUGAUAGGUUAGAUCUCAUUUUUUGGGGACGUUUCAGCUCAUUUCUGCUGUUUUUUGCUCAUGGUUUGACCUGACCAGUGUGUGGGCGUGUUUGUCUAAAAACAGUCACAAACUGGAGCCAUUGUUCCCAGUUUUGAAGCCUUGCUUGCGGUAACAAAGCUCAUGUGUUGGGGAACAAUGGUGGGGAUAUCGGAUGUCAGGUUUCCCCCUUUGUCUGGAUAGACCGAAACUCCACCUUUGAGCCACAGAUGGAGGUGGUUAACUGUCCCGCAGAGGAACCUCAGAGCAUCAGACCUCCAGGAACACCACCUGCAUCAGUUGGAUCUCGUCUGUUUCGGUGCGACCAUGGCUUCUCAAGGUCUCCAGAUCUUAGGUGUCUUCCUGGCCCUAACCGGAUGGCUGGGUACCAUCAUCACCUGCGCUCUGCCCAUGUGGAGAGUCACUGCUUUUGUCGGGGCAAACAUCGUCACGGCCCAGGUGAUAUGGGAGGGCUUGUGGAUGACCUGUGCGGUGCAGAGCACGGGGCAGAUGCAGUGUAAAAUGUACGACUCCAUGCUGGCUCUUCCUCAAGAUACACAGGCGGCCAGGGCCAUGGUGAUCAUCUCAGUGGUCGUCGGCGUGUUUGGCACUCUCAUGUCCGUCGUCGGGGCCAAGUGCACCAACUGCAUGGAGGACGAAGUGUCCAAAGCCAAAGCCUGCAUCGUAUCUGGAGUGAUUUUCAUCAUAGCGGCUCUGCUGAUCCUGAUUCCAGUGUCGUGGUCGGCUCACACCAUCAUCAGGGACUUCUACAACCCGCUGGUGUUUGAAGCUCAGAGGAGGGAGCUUGGUGCCGCACUCUACAUUGGCUGGGGCUCUGCCGGUCUUUUGCUGCUGGGAGGGGGCCUGCUCUGCAACAACUGUCCCCCAAAAGACGACAGACCCUUCCUGCCAGCUAAGUUUGCCCUUGGGAGAACCGCUUCGUCAAACGUGGACUACGUGUGAGUCUGUAAGCUUUAGGAGGCGUAACUUCCCCGAAACAAGAAGGCAUUUCACUGUACUGCAUGUUUAGCUGAUUUAGAACAGAAUGUGUUUAGUUUUGUACUUUUUAUUUUUCAAACUUUUUGUAGAAAUGGUUUUUAAGUUUGUUAUUAAAAAAUAAAUAUUUUAAUAGUGUAAAUGAGUGGCGUUCAUACAUGUUCUGUCUGAGUCUUGUAAUCUGAUGCAAACCUAGAAUUUGACACCUGGUGAUUUACUUACAACUGAACUCCCUUGAUGACACUAGCACUUAGAAAUCUUGAAGUACCCACCUGUUCUUUCAGUUGAGUCAUCGUUGAUUUUGUUGUUUGAUGCUAAAUUUUUUCAUUUGUAAAUCUGAACUCCUGUGUUUAGGAUGUGAUUUAAUGUCUUGAGUAAAAGGGAUGUUACAGCCAGCAGCAACAAUGAGGUGCAAAUGCUUGGAUACAUGUUGCCAGGGAGCACUUUAAUAUAUGCAAAGAAUGGACAUUUACACUUUGUCCAGAAAGAGCUUCACCCAAGUCUCGACAGGAUAAUGUAUCCUUUACCACCAAACCCAUUCAUAGCAGAGGCAUUGUUUGAGAAAGCUUUCAAGAGGCUGUGGAUUUCCUGGAAAACAAGAUCUUUUACAUGAGCACGUUAUCCUUUUGUGUAUUUUUGAAAACAAAAAGUUGAUUCAACAGCUUUCUGACAUGCUGAAACUCAGAUUUAGCUCACUGUGUGAAUGCUUUGUAAGUAGUGAUUCUCGGCACGUAAAAACUCAAUCACACUUUCAGCAAUCU